AGCCUUUAUAAUAAAGUUUUUGACAGUUUGACAGUUUUAAAUAAUAGAUAAAUAGUGAAAAAUGGCCGGUACGAGCAGUAGUAGUGCUGAACAAAACUUGAUUGCUCAGAAAACUUGGGAAUUAGUGAAUAAUAUUGAAACAAUAAGUGCUGUUGAUGAAAUUUAUCGAUAUGAUCGUAAACAACAAAUGGACAUUCUUACUGCCAAACCUUGGGAGAAAGAUCCACAUUUUUUCAAAGAUAUUCGUAUUUCUGCGUUAGCUUUAUUAAAAAUGGUAAUGCAUGCACGUUCUGGGGGUACUUUAGAAGUGAUGGGAUUAUUGUUAGGAAAAGUUGAUGGUAAUACAAUGAUUGUUAUGGAUUCAUUUGCGUUACCAGUUGAAGGCACCGAAACCCGCGUGAAUGCUCAAGCUCAAGCUUACGAAUAUAUGACAGCGUAUAUGGAGGCGGCUAAACAGGUUGGAAGAUUGGAAAAUGCAAUUGGAUGGUAUCAUAGUCAUCCUGGAUAUGGUUGUUGGUUAUCGGGUAUUGACGUUAGCACUCAAAUGUUAAAUCAAAAUUUCCAAGAACCAUUUGUGGCCAUUGUAAUUGAUCCAGUACGCACCAUUUCAGCUGGUAAAGUUUGUCUUGGUGCUUUUAGAACUUAUCCGAAGGGUUACAAACCAGCGAAUGAAGAACCAUCUGAAUAUCAAACAAUCCCAUUAAAUAAAAUCGAAGAUUUUGGUGUACAUUGUAAACAAUAUUAUUCAUUAGAAGUAACGUAUUUUAAAUCAUCAUUGGAUCGAAGAUUAUUGGAUUCGUUGUGGAAUAAAUAUUGGGUGAAUACAUUAAGUUCUUCAAGUCUAUUAACAAAUGCUGAUUACACAACGGGUCAAAUAUUUGAUUUAUCUGAUAAAUUGGAACAAUCAGAAGUUGUUUUAGGACGAGGUGGAUUCAUGGUAGGUGGUUCAGAUCCACAUGAAAAAAGAACUGAAGAUAAAUUAAUGAAAGCAACGAAAGAUUGUUGUAAAACUACGAUUGAAAUAAUCCAUGGUUUAAUGGCUCAAAUGAUUAAAGAUCGAUUGUUUAAUAGCAUCACCGGCAAAGUUGAAGCUUAAUCAUUAAUUAUUAUUAAUUAUAACCUCUCUUUCUUUACCAUUGUACACAUAUUUAAUAAAAAUAUUUCAACUAAA